AUGGCACAGCAAGGCCAUGUUGGUGAGCUCCUCUCAAUGCUGGAUUCUCCAAUUCUGGGUGUCCUGGAAGAUAUAACAGCUGCGUUUAAAGAUAAUCUCAUUUGUGACCGUGGACCUAUGCUUGUGAACAACCUGGUGGACUAUUACUUGGAAACCAAUUCUCAGCAGGCACUGCAUAUACUGUCCACACUGCAAGAGCCUCAUGACAAGCACCUACUGGACAAAAUUAAUGAAUAUAUGAGCAAAGCUGCUACCCGUUUACCCACUCUUUCUCUGCUGGGACAUGUGAUAAGACGACAACCAUCUUGGAAACAUAAGCUUUCUCAAGCACCUCUCCUACUUUCAUUACUUAAAUGUCUCAAGACUGACACAGAUGUAGUAGUACUCACCACAGGUGUCCUAGUGCUAAUAACCAUGUUGCCAAUGAUUCCUCAGUCUGGCAAACAGUACCUUCAUGAUUUCUUUGGUAUCUUCGGGCGUCUCUCAGCCUGGUGCUUGCAGAAUUCAGGUCACGUGGCAGAGAUUUAUCUUGUCCAUCUUCAUGCCAGUGUCUAUGCUCUCUUUCAUCGUCUUUAUGGAAUGUAUCCUUGCAAUUUUGUCUCCUUUCUGCGUUCUCACUACAGUAUGAAGGAAAACUUGGAGACCUUUGAAGAGGUAGUCAAGCCAAUGAUGGAACAUGUGCGAAUUCAUCCAGAAUUAGUGACUGGAUCUAAGGACCAUGAACUGGACCCACGAAGGUGGAAAAGACUAGAAACUCAUGAUGUUGUGAUAGAAUGUGCCAAAAUCUCCCUGGACCCUACAGAAGCCUCGUAUGAAGAUGGCUAUUACUCUGUGUCUCGGAAACUCUGCACAAGCUUAAAACAUCACAUUGACAGACAGAGCAGCUAUGGGACUUCUACCCCAUAUUCCACUCCUCAGCUAACACUAUCAUACAUGCCAGGGCAGCUACCUCAGAUUCUGAGCCCACAGUCAAUACGGCCAACAACUGAGCCACAGCAGGUUACCAUCUGGAGUCCUUCUGUAGUUUGUGGUAUGACCACUCCACCAACCUCCCCUGGAAUUGUCCCAUUGGAAUCAUCCCAGUCUGCAUCACAACCUUACAGCAAAGCUUUUGGCACAUCUGCAGGGGGGAAAGGAACACCCUUGGGAACGCCAGCCACAUCUCCUCCUCCAUCCUGCACUUCAGAUGACUUUGUACAUGUUUCACUCCCUUCAGCUGCUGCCACGCCUCCUAAAAAGGAGGACAAACCAGAUCCUGGGAGGCCUUUACUGUACCGACAGCAAAAUGUCAUAAACAGCGAUAAAUCAUUGGAUACAUCCAGUAGUAAAAGUUCAGUAACCUUAAGUGAUCUUCCAGAGUUUUUAGGUCGUUUGUCUUUUGAAGAUAGUGCUGAAAAGGACAGAGAGGAAGAUGCAAUAUCUAAAGAGAUCUCCGAGAUCACAACCGACGCUGAACACAUGGUGCCUAGAGGAGGAUUUGACUCUCCAUUUUACCGCACAAAUGAAAGUCUGUCAGGCUCUCAAAAGAAGACCCAUUCAGUAGUCUCUAGCGUUCAGGGACACAGUCAGACCUCAGAGCCUUUAACAACUUCUCUGGACAAGCCUGGGCCUGAGAGUGCACGGGAAACACCCAAACAAACAUUUACUCCAAUAGACAAGCCCUGUGGAGGCUCUGGAGAAAGCCCUGCUAGUAACAGGGAAGGAACCUCGGGGGAGACAAAUAUUUUCACUCCCAGCCCUUGCAAAGUACCAGCACAAAGAAGAGUGGUGUUUGGGAGUGGGCAGCCUCCCCUGUAUGAGCACCUUUUUGAGGUUGCAUUACCAAAGACUGCCUACCUCUUUGUUGGCAAGAAGACUGAAGAGCUGCUAAAGAAAGCCAAGGGAACCCAGGAUGACGACUGCGUGUCCUCUACUUCUCCUGUGGAAGUACUGGACAGACUGAUACAGCAAGGAGCGGAUGCACACACUAAGGAGCUGAACAAAUUGUCUCUGCCAAGCAAAUCUGCUGACUGGACUCACUUUGGAGGUUCUCCCCCUUCGGAUGAGAUUCACACCCUGCGUAACCAAUUGCUUUUGCUGCACAACCAGUUAUUGUAUGAACGCUUCAAAAGACAGCAACAUGCCCUUCGGAACCGUCGACUCUUGCGAAAAGUGAUUAAAGCAACAGCUCUGGAGGAACAUAAUGCUGCCAUGAAAGAUCAGCUGAAACUACAGGAAAAAGAAAUCCAGGCGUUGAAACUGAGUCUGCAGAAAGAACAGACGAGGUACCACCAGUUUCAGGAGGAACAUGAAAAUAUAGUGGCUCAGCUUCACAGCCAGAUCAGACAGCUGCAGCAUGACCGGGAGGAAUUCUACAACCAGAGCCAGGAAUUGCAGACCAAGCUGGAAGACUGCCGGAAUAUGAUUGCAGAUCUGAGGUUAGAAUUAAAGAAAGCUAACAACAAGGUGUGUCACACUGAAUUGCUUCUUAGCCAGGUUUCUCAGAAGCUUUCCAACAGUGAAUCAGUGCAACAGCAGAUGGAGUUCUUGAACAGGCAACUUCUGGUUCUUGGAGAGGUGAAUGAGUUGUACCUGGAGCAGCUGCAGCACAAGCACACAGACACUACAAAGGAGGUUGAAAUGUUGCACGCUGCUUUUCGGAAAGAACUAGAGAAAGCAAAAUUGUGUGUUCAACAGCAAAGCCAAAGGCUUGAUGCUUCCCAGAAACGGAUAGCUGAACUGGAAUCUCAGCUUGCUAAAAAGGACCACCUCUUCCUGGAGCAAAAGAAAUACCUGGAAGAUGUCAAAAUCCAAGCAAGAGGUCAGCUGCAAGCGGUAGAAAGUAGGUACAAGGCCCAGAAAAGAAUCACACAGGCAUUUGAGCUGGAGAUCUUGGAUCUGUUUGGACGGCUAGAGAAGAGCAGCCUACUGAAAAAACUCGAAGAUGAGAAAACAGAAGCAGCUGAAGCAGCAGAAGAAAGGCUGGAUUGUGGCAAUGAAGAUACUGUGGCGGGAUACAGUGAAGAAACAAUUGGUAGAAACGGAGAGACCAAACCUCCCAGCACUCGAGGUAGUAGUAGCAGUAAGGGUGGCAGCAGCAGUGAGGUCUCCACCCCAGAAAAACCCCAGAACCAGAGAUUCAGCAGUCGCUGGGAGACAUCUGUGUUGCUGGAGCCCUCGACUACUGUCCCACUGACUGUAGGUUCACUCCCCAGCUCCAAGAGCUUCCUUGGAAUGAAGGCACGAGAAUUAUUUCGCAACAAGAGUGAGAGCCAGUGUGAUGAGGAGGGUGUAACCAUCAACAGGCUUUCUGAUGCUCUAAAGACUGAACUCUGUAAAGAUCCAAGCAUGGAGACAAAGGCCCCUCCAAGCCCCGAUAACCUUAGCCUCUCGCCUAAGAUCCAGGAAAGCAGUGUUGGACAGCUUCAUAUCAUGGACUACAAUGAAACUCAUCAUGACCACAGUUAA